AUGGCCAACUACUACCACCAACACAAUAAUGGUUGGCACUUGCUAUCGGGUGGUGGAACAACAACAACAUCAACAUCAACAUCUAAAUCACUCCUACUACUGGUGAUAUUGUUAUUGAGCUGUUGUGCUCUAACCACCCAUGCCCAGGUGAUCAACAGCAUGUCUCCUAGAUUCUCAUAUGUAGGAGGAGGAACUACAUUUCUCAUUGACGGCACAGGAUUUUUAUCUGCACCAAUAGUUCAAGUUACCUCACCUUCUGGCACUGUGGCAGUAUUUGCUUUGACCCUCCACUUUGGUGACCUCUACUCGUAUACUGUACCUCCUGAACCAUCCAACGCCAGCAAGAAGAGACCAUUGAAUAAUGAUAUUCAAUUCGAUGUUAUCUACAAUGGUGGUGCAAUAUUCACCAAUACCUUUGAGUAUCUAACACCCAAGAUCAAAGAUAUAUUGCCAAUGGAUUAUUACCCAAUCACCAACAAUAAGCCUCUAAUCAUUAAUGGUGACCACUUAAGACUGUCGGAUUCGGAUGUUACACCAGUAGUCUCAGUUGGAGGUGUAAAUUGUCAUGUGAUUGACUUUAAACCAAAUGAAAUCAAAUGUACACUUGGAAAUGCACCUGGUGCAGGAGCCGCCCAAGUUCAAGUUACCUUAUACAGUGGACUUACUAUAACCUCACCUGAUCAAUUGACCUUUCACCUGCCUGUGGUCAACAACAUUGUGCCCAGUAGGAUCACAGCAGGACGAACACAGAUCAUUACCCUAAAUGGACUAUAUCUCUAUGACGAUAAGAGUAGACCUGCUUCAGUCAUUACCUUUGGAGGUGAAGACUGUACCAACAUUGUCAUAGUCAGUGACACACAGAUCACGUGUGAGUCACCACUUGUUGACGUGGCCGCAGGCAACUUUGUCAAUGAAGCACUGGCCAUCUCUAUCGGAGCUCAACCCGUACUGUCUGCCAUCAACCUGGAGGUAUAUACCCCACAAAUAUUGACGAUCCUUCCACAGUCUGGUCUUGCAGCUGGUGGUACCACAGUCAGAGUGACUGGAUUGUUCCUCAGGGAGGUCACCGCUGCUACGAUUGGUGGAUCAGCAUGUGUCAUCGUUGUAGCCUCAAUCGCUGACAACCAAUUUGAUUGUGUUACUUCGGCAUACAAUCUUGGAGGUGCCUCCGAGGCAACCUUUAUCUUGGUGGCAACAAUCGAUGGACAAACAUAUGACUCACCAAAUACCGAGCAAUUCACCUACUUUGUUCCCGUUAUCCAAUCAUUGGUGCCCGUCAACACUAUCACCAAGGGUACCUUCCCACUUGAGAUCAAGGGAAAGAACUUCUUUGGUGUAACUGCUAUUCAGGUCGGAACUCAAACCAUCAAUACGUUCAAGAUCACAAGUGAUGAGAACGCACAGUUUAUCGACAUUGAUGCUUCUUUGCUUGCCGUAGGAGACAACAAUGUCAUCGUUCAGAUUGGCACCACUUCAUCCAACACUGCCACCUUUGUCAUUGUUUCACCAUCCCUACAGGCACCUACCCCUGCAGAUGGCUUCAUGCACGUCGUCACACCAAUCUCCAUUCCAUUCACCAACUUCCCAACACCACCCACCGUCAACCCUCUGACCGACUACACCAAGAUCUUCAUCAACGGACUAGAGUGUACAGGCUUGGCAAUGCCAGAUGCCUCUCACUUUUCUUGCAAUGCACCCGUUUCCGCAGCGGCUGGUGCAUUCCCAAUCACGUUCAAGAUCUAUGAGCAGGAUUACGAUCCAGCAAUCACCUUCACCUACUAUGAUCUGACAAUCACUGGUCAAGGACAAACAACUAACAUUCCAGCUGGAGGUGGUGUGCUCACCAUUGAUGGAACACAUCUUGACGUCGUAAACAUUGUGAACAUCAACAACGUUCUCGUAGUUGGUUGCACAUUGACUGCAGCACAGAUCAGCUGUCCAAUCCCACCCAAUGUACCAGGAAACUACCCAGUCACAGUGAUUGCAGCCGGUGUCACCUACCCCACCACUGGAACCAUCAGCUAUGUUGGACCAAAUCUCGACCUUGUCACACCAAGACAGGGUAAUGCCAGGCGAACCGUAGCCAUCACAUGUGUGGGUAAUAGCUUUGGUGCCGUAGCAGCAAGUAUUACUAUCACUGUUGGAGGUGUCAAUUGUCCAGGCGUUGCUGUCCUUCCACAAGUAGCAGGCAAGGACCGUGCCAGUUGUAACCUAGCCCCAGUUGCUAACGGUGCAUAUCCUGUUGUUAUAAGUGUCGUUCCUGGUGGAGGUGGCCCUCCAGUGUCAUCUAUUAACGUAGUGCAAUACACUGGCAAUGGACUCUCUUGUAUGGGACCACCACUUCCCGACCAAUCCAACAGUCCCGUCAAUUGGUGGUUCACCUACAAGAUCCGUCAGACCGAUAACUACCUUUACCUCGACGACACCCGUGAUCAAUUGGUCAGAUUGGAUCGUCUCUCUGAUGUCAACCAAGCACCAUACAGUGCCUUGGCCGCAACAUUUGAUCAAUACCGAGAUUACUUCUACAUGUUCUUCAACGAUCAGAUUGGAUCACGUGACAACGCUGGUAAGAGAUGUAAUAUGGUGAACCCUACACACGGACAUGGUCAUCUCAAAGGAUUCUUAAUCUUUGAACAGGACCCAGUCACUCUACUCUACUCUGGUAUCCACGUGAUGCACUCCAAUCCAGUGUUCCCAGCGAUCAGUGGUGGAGGCUACUACAACAUCAAUCAAGGCAUCAGAUGGUUGGGUGCAGCCGACUACAAUCAACACUUCUUCUGUUACCAAUGGAAUGGACUUGAACAACCAUUCAACUAUCUGAUCCAUAAUGACGCUGUGUUGAUAGAUCAUGCCUACAACAUUCCCAACCUCUUGUUAUGGAACCAGGUCAUGCAGAACACCUAUCCAUUCUUCUACGACUACAUGACACUCUGGGAGCGACUUCCAGCUCGUGUUCCAAAUGGUGGUGCACCAGCUCAGUGCACCCAGGCAUGUUUCUCAGCGGCCUGCCUGGCGGCGAUUGCAGUCAACCCCAAUGUCCAAAACAUCUGUUACUGGCAAUCUGGUGCAUUCAAUGUUGGUGCAAUGACAGCCAACUACUUUAUGAAGACCACAAUUGAUCCAGACAAUGCAGGUUUCCCAGCAGUGGCGGCCAUCCAUCCACCCGCACUCAGUCGCUUCAUUGUGGUGAACGAUCGUCGUAAUACCUAUGACGGUAUUGACAUUUGGACAGUGAUUGCCAACACCUACCAGAGAAUGAUGUUCAUUGAGAUGUUCUAUGCUAUUGGUGCAACUCAAACAAAACCAAACAGUGCUGUCAUCAACGUUGGUUAUCUUCACUUCCCUCCAAACCUCAACGUCCGUGUAUUCGAUAUACCUACGGGCACAUGGAUAUACUCUCAUUAUGAGUACACUGGCAAGAAGAAUGAGCACGCCAAGAUGGGUAUCCCAAUGUACCCUGUAGUUGGUGCCAAUGCUUUGAAUGCCAAUGAGAACAUGUUCUGUGUCGGUGACUCUAACAGACACAAUGGUCAAGGUGCCAGAGGAGGUGGAGCACUAUGCUUCCAAAGCCCAUUGCUAUCAUAUCAAUUCAAUCGCAUGGUUAGAUCAUAUAACUCAAUUGAAGUUGGAACACUGACAGUCCAAAAACCAGCUAUCAAUUCGAUGUACUUCUAUGAGUCUAUCAUCCAGCCUCUAAAGAUUGCAAGGGGUGCAUGGGCCAAUGAUAUCAACUUUGAGAUCAUGGAUGCCAUGAAUGGUGUCGUCACCUCCAAGAAUCCCAAGAUGUUUGGUGUCGUAACAGCAGCCACACUUCCCAAUGCUCAGGAUAUCAACCCAGAGUUUCCUUCACUCAGGACAUCAAUGGCCAACGCAGACAGUGGUACUGGAGCAAUCAACCUUGGUAACAUUGGAGCAGAUCCAAGUAUCAGUGCCUAUGUCUCUGAUGACACGUUUGCCCUGGAGUACAUUGCAGUCGAUGUCACCAUUGCCUCCAUUUGUGACUUUGUUGUUGGAAUGUUCCCUGCCAAUCCAUGCAACGACCAGAAUGCCCGUAGAACUCGAAUGACAGAGGCCUUGCCAUUGCCUCCACCCGUUGUCUUCCCCAAUGCCUACAACCAAGCAUACCUUGCGACAAUGGCUUUGAGAACCUUUGACGUGUUGGCCAUCAAUGACUUCCUGGUGAUUGCCUACACACAAGAAAUGAGGGGUCGCCUCCAUAUGAACCCAGCCACCCUGCCACCAGUCCAAUACAUCAUUGAGCCAGCGCUCCAGGUACCAUCAGUUGAAGGUCGCUUCACCCUCCGAAAGCUUGCCCCAAUCUGUGAAGAAGAGCUAUCCUACGACGUUGUGUUGGGCUUUGCACUCCAACAAUCCAACUAUGCUCCACAGGCCCAACUGAUCUACAACAUUGACAACAAUCUUCCAAACUGGGCCAAUGGUGUUUUAUAUGCCAUUGCCAAGUAUAUCUACAAUCAAAUACCGCCAAUAGCUACCAAGGAUGGAUCCUUGAAUGCCUGCGUGCAACAAUACUUCCCUGCAAUGAACAACAUUGGCACGUACACAGAGGCUAAGCCAGUUGACGUCAAGACACCCACCCAGUGGCAACUGUUCUACAGAACUGCCGCUGCCACUUGGGACAUGAUGAAUCCUUCUAUUGCCAAUGGAAAUGGAGGCAGGACAAACAGACUCAACAAUGCUGACAUUAUCACCUGGCAACAACUUCUUAACAAGGUGAUCACACUUCGUCAGGCAGAUGGAGUGACAUCAUUGGAGCAGCUCAUUAUUUCGUUGAACAAUCCAGCCUUCUUGACCCCAACCAACAAGGAGUCACUCGAGAACAACUACCUGAUCGAGAAGCCAGUAGUGGUAGUUGUCAAGUCCCUCGUGCAUACUCUGUUCAAGUCGGCCAACUCUCUUAAGCAUCAGAGCAUUCCAAAGUUUAAGCUGUCGGCCAGCAUGGCAAUUGAGGAUCAACAACAGCAAUUGGUCAACAACUCAAUCCUGUUGGAUGAGUUUUACAAUGGAUUGACGCCACUGGACAUUGACUCAAUGUACCUUGAGUCACCGAUCCAACAGCUCUUGGCAACCACCUCAAAGGCAUUCAACAACACUCAAGUGACCAUGCUUAGCAAUGCUAAUCUUCACUCAUUGGCACUAGCAAUGAGCAAGUGGACCACCAUCACUGGAGUCAAUCAGGCAAUCCAAGUGCUGUUGACCAAUACUUUGUCAGAGACUCAGAGUCAGCCCAUCGAAUUCAUUUCAGAACUCAACCGUGACCAAGUUGGAGGUCUCAUCGAACUGUGCUACCAGUACAUCGAUGUGGAGAACUCAUUGAUCGCCAUUUGCACUCCAAUGUCAAUGGUCUCUAUGACAUUCUUUAUUGAGAGUGCAAUUGUAUCAGAGGUAACCUCACAGGUUCAGUUUGGUGACUUCAAUGCCUACUUCCUACCCAAGCCACCCAACUACAAUGGUUCAAUCUCCAGUGAAUAUGAUGGCAUGGCCAUUGCCACGAUCAACUCCAAGAUCUGUGACAUCCAAAUGAUGAGCACCAGUGACUUCCAAGCUCAUAAUUUCGAUGGUCUGUGCACUGGCAUUGGCCCUGUCGUGGUCAAUAUCACCAACAUGGCCGGACCCACCGAGAGUGGAUCCACAUCAACAAUCAACGGAUUCAGAUUCAACUCCUCAAUUGACAUCCAAAUUGGAAACUAUCCAAUUGUCAAUCCUCAGUACAUCUCAUCAACCCAGAUCGUCUUCAACACACCUGCCGGAGUUGGAACCAACCUUGACUUUUAUUUCCUCAGCUCAACAACAUUGUUUAAUCUCCAGAGAACCAAGUUCUACUUCUCCUUUGAUGCACCAACCGUCACUGGCGUCUCACCCAGUACCCUUGACAGUCAAGGCAGUACAGUACUCACCUUGACUGGAACCAACUUUGGUACCGAUCCCUACUCUGCCAAGGUCACGGUCGACGAGUCUACACCUUGCUACCCAAUCCUCGGCAUCACAUCCACAAUGUUGGCCUGUUUCUCUCCAUCUGGAAUUGGUCAAGACAAGACAGUGCAGGUUGAAGUGGGAGGACAGACAUCGACAUUCACACUGGAAACAAUCCCACAAGUAUCAUUCGACUAUGAAGCGCCCCAACUAUCCGACUUCAUUCCCCCAGCUGGUGAUCCAGGUGAUAUCAUUGUAAUUCACGGAGAUGGCUUUGGCACAAUGGGCGAUGGAAACGCUCCACCCAUGGUGUUCCUAGGAGACGAAUUGCUACAAGUGGUAGAGUACAGCAACACCUAUAUCAAGGUACUAUUGGAUGAAGGUGUCGGCAGUAACCAGAGCAUCACGAUUCAAGCCGGAGACCAAACAUCGCCAUUCUACACCGAGUUUGGUUAUCUGCCACCGGUGAUCUCAUCUGUGAUCCAAUCCAAUCCUCUGUCCACAUCAGGAGGAUCACUUCAAAUCAAUGGUGAAGGAUGGGGACUGUCACCAACAGAGAUCGACUAUGUCUAUGCUGGACCCAAUCAACUCUACUAUUGUAGUCCAUUUGAAACAUUCAUCGAGUGUUUUGUUCCACCAGGAAUUGGUGCACAUCUAGUGAUCAAUGCCUCAGUGGGCGGCCAAGCAGCAAUUGAUCAAGCGCCAAUCAACUACAUAUCCUACACACCUCCAUCGAUCUCUUCAUACAAAUUGGUCACUGUAGGUGGUACCAACGUUAUCCAGAUCAGUGGUACCAACUUUGUGCCUGUCGGUGUCAACUGGACCCCUGAUACAUCGUACAUAAGCAUCAACUAUGUUGACAAUAGCAACGUUCAGUGUCUUGGAUUCAUCAAUCAUACAUUUGCCCAAUGUAAUGUCACCAACAAUAUUGCAUGGAUGGUAAUGUCUGUUGGUGGUCAGCUAUCGCAAGAGAUCUACAUCACACCCAACCAGGUCAAUCUCCAACUCUUUGUAUUCAAUGACACUAGCAACAAUGGACUAUACACACCAGGCAGUGAGAACCCCAUCAGCGGUGUGUCGAUCAAUCUCACCGACUCGACUGGUCAUGUCACGACCUACACCACUGACACCACUGGUUACAUCAACAUCAUGAUCAAUCAGAAUGAGUACACCAUUGUUGUUGUUGGAGGCCUCAACCAAAGUAUGAACUUUGCCUCAAUCAACAACAUCGUCGUUGAUCUCACCCAAUCAAAGAACAUCAGCAUCCCUGUUGGAAGCACUUCCAUCUAUGGCUGUAUAGGAACACUGACCGCAAGCAAGGCAACAAUGACGGUGAGAUGGGGAACUACACAAAUCUCCAAUUGGGGAUUCUGUCAACCAAAUAACCAAACUGCUUGUCAGUACAUGGUUAUAAGUGAAAGUUUCCCAUUAGGAUGUGUUCCAUUGUUUGGACUCACAGAGGUUAAUGUUAGAUACAGUACAACAUUGACACUCUAUGCCUACAUGGACAACAACGUCACAGGACAGUACACUGGCAUUGCACCACCCCAAACAGACUACAACUUUAUGUACACUUUCUACUUUAAUGGCCGUGGCUGGUCUAUGAGCAACACACCCUACCCCAAUGGAAUCUACUCGGCCAUCAAUGUUCCACCAGGUGAUGUGACGGUUACGUUCUGGUCUCAAAGCGCAUCACUCAUACCAAUUAUGAAUAGGGCUACAUUCAACCUGCCAGCCAGCAAGGAGACCACCAUCCACAAUGUCUACUAUGGAUUCUACAAUGCCACUUCACCAUACAAUGGAAACCUCUACCCAGCAUCUACGUUCUCCAAUCAGGACUAUUCAAAUGGUGCCCAAAUGAGCUUGCCACUGGGCAAGUACGACACAUCGUUCCUGUCCACCUACAACUUUGUCAACAGUACCAGGUCGUACUGGGCUAGCAGCGCCUACUACAAUGUCUACCUUUAUUCCAAUUCAACCUACAGUGUGAUCACUGGAAUCCCAACCAAUGGUGGAUACAAUCUGGUAAACAACAGUGAUCCAGCUGUUGGUGCACAGUUUGAAAUCUCCUCCUCCACAUUGUUCAGCUUCCUCAACUCCACUGGACCACUUUCUGCAAGUGGACAGAACGUCACCUUCCCAACGCCAUACGUAUAUGAACAACCGGUCUACUCAAUUGAUGUCUCUGGAGUGAUACAGGUUAUUCCAUGUAUCACUGGCUCAACACAAUGGACGUCAUGCCAGUUCCCUGCCAACAGUGCUGGUAUCCACACCAUCUAUCUAACAUGGAGAGGACAGAGUCUAUACCAAACUUACAACGUUUGGUAUGCCUCAUCAUGA